UUCGGAGGAAAAAAUGGUUUUAUUAUGUAAAAAGAAUUUACUUUAAAAUAUGUAUAAAAUAAGAUAAAGGGGGUUCAUUUGCAAUAUAUAGAAAUGUUUGAGACUUAAUUUACAAUUUUGUUCUGUUUUGAAAUAUUAUUUUGAUUUUUAUUUGAUUAUUUUCGUUUAUUGUUAAACUUCCGGAAUUGAAAAGAUAUAUACUAAUAUAUAUUAAGUAAAAAAGAGCUGUGAUUUUAAAAUGAUUAAUUGAUUAAUAUUUCCCAUCGGGAUUCACACAUUAAUAAACAUCCUUGAUUGAUUAUACAAAUUGUGAUUUUUAAGCGUUAAUAAAGAAUGAAUUGAAACACGUAGUAAGGCAAUUUUUUUAAUAAAUUCGCGGAUUUUCAGAGAAUAUGGGUCGCAAGCAGCAUCAGGCAGAUAAGCUCUGGCUGACUACGCAGGAGUGGAAAUAUUUUUUUGGCGGGAAAAAGCCAGGCAGGAAGGCGGAUCCUGAUGAGGUUGAUUUCAAACGUCUACCGUUUGAUCAUUGUGCACUGAGUUUACAACGGUUUGAGAAUCCAUACAGUGAUGAGGAUGGUAAUGUGUUUGAUCUGGUUCAUAUUAUCCCGUACUUGAAGAAAUUCAAAGCCAAUCCCGUCACAGGCAAACCACUCGACUCAAAAGGCCUGAUUAAACUCAACUAUCAGAAGAACGCUGCAGGAGAAUAUCAUUGCCCAGUUAUGUACAAGGUAUUUAAUCCAAGCACACAUAUUGCUUGCAUAAAAACCACCGGAAAUGUGUUCUGCUACGAGGCUGUUGAAGAACUCAAUAUCAAAACAAAGAAUUUCAAAGAUCUGAUAAAUGAUGAACCAUUCGUUAAAUCAGAUAUUAUCAUUCUGCAGGAUCCUAGAAACAUGACCAAGUUCAACCUGUCCAGUUUCCAUCACGUGAAACACAGUUUAAAGGUGGAUGAUGAUGAGUUAGAGCGCGCUAAAACUGACCCACGCGCGCGGAUGAAGAAGGUCAAUCAUGAAACCAGGGACACCCUGAAUGAACUGGAGAGGACCUACAAGGCCCCUGAAACAGUAGUAUCUGAGAAGGUUAAAGCUGACAUCUUCAAUUCAGCUCAUUACUCAACAGGAUUGAGAGGCGCUAGUUUAACCAGUACUGCAUAUGAUCGAGUCACUGAAACUGAGGCAGCUAUUCUAGAUGAAGAUAUUGUUAAGUACAGACUCGUAAAUAAGAAAGGCUAUGUUAGGAUCAAUACAAACCUAGGACCUCUGAACCUUGAACUGUACUGUGACACUGUACCUAAAACCUGUGAAAACUUCCUGAAACUCUGCGCCAAGGGAUAUUACAACAACACAAUAUUCCAUAGAUCUAUUCGCCACUUCAUGUUACAAGGCGGAGAUCCUACAGGAACUGGUUCAGGCGGAGACUCUCAUUUCGGCGGAACAUUCAAGGAUGAGAUAAAGCCUCAGUAUCAUCAUACAGGACGAGGUGUUCUAUCCAUGGCUAACUCAGGACCAGACUCUAACAAGUCGCAGUUCUUCAUUACCUACAGAUCCUGCAAACAUUUGGAUGGAAAACACACAAUUUUUGGCAAACUUGUGGGAGGUAUGGAUACGUUGACCACUAUUGAAGCUAUUGGAACUGAUAACAAGGAUAAACCUGUGGAGGAUAUCAAGAUCGAACGGGUAGCCGUCUUCGUCGAUCCUUUCCAAGAGGCCGAAGAUCAACUUAAGGAGAUGAGAGAAAAAGAGAUUGAGAAGCUAAAUCUGGAGAAGAACCCUGUAAACAAGGAUAAAACCGAGGAGAGGAAGGUGUUUGGGUCCGGAGUUGGGAAGUAUAUUAACCCUAGUGUGAAGAAGGAAGCAAGAAAAGCUGAGGAGCAGGCCCCGCCAGUAUUCAAGAAACCGAAAACGACUGGAGGAUUCGGGGAUUUCAGUGCAUGGUGAAAACCAGGAAGACAGGCUGCUGUGGCUCAGAGUGAAGAUUACGGACUCCGAGGCUCACGAGUCACACAAAGUCGCUCGUUUUCUAAUAAUAAAGUUAUUCCGUAAAAAAGUUUCAAAAUUAGUUUUAUUUUUUUUUUUGAAAUCUUAUAUUUUGAACACCUUUCCUUGUUUACAGGGACUGUAAGCGCAAUUUCAAGUGACCCUCCAUAUGCAAAGAUAGCAAUGCAAGAUUUACAACAGUACACUAGAAACUUCAAUCAUAAAUGUUGAAGAUAACGUAAUUUUCUGACUCGAAAACUGUUUUUUUUCUAUGAAUUUCUAUAUUGUUUCUUAAAAGCCAGAAAUGCGCAAGUUACUUUUGCAGAGAACCCGAAAAUGAAAAUAAAUAGUAAAAAUAAACAAACAAAAAUGGAUAUCUAUUUCAUGCUUGAUCAGUAAAAGCUGUUAAUUUUGACGUCGCAAAUCGGGUAUUAUGGGUCACUUGAAACUUCGUCUAAAGUCCCUUUGAUGUAAAAAACGUGCAAAAUUUUUUUCUCUAAAAAUCGUAAAAUAAUAUGUUCUUUUAUGCCGCCUCUGUCGAAUGAAAAAGAAAAGACGAUAUCUUAAGUUACUUUCUGAAGAAGAAAAAAAGGAAAUUUAAUUAGUUUGUUCCUAAACGGUUCUGGAUGAGUUUCAAUAUUAAAAUCAGCUUUUAAAAUUAGAUCAAUAUAUAAAAUUUGAUGUAUUAAUUUUAUUUUUAAAACAUUUGUCAAAGUUUGUAAUUCAGUAAGUCUACAUAUAUUGUACCUAAUUUAACCAAAAUCCUGUUUUUCAGA